CCAGGAUAAAGAGAAAAAGAGAUCAUGGCACACUCCCACUCUCACUCGCACUCUCAUGACAAUAUAGCCGACCAUGGCCACUCCCACGAGAUCCUCGAUGGCCCGGGCUCCUACCUCAACCGCGAACAACCGCUGAUUGAGGACCGCGACUGGAGUGACCGGGCCUUUACCAUUGGCAUUGGAGGACCCGUCGGAUCAGGCAAAACAGCUCUCAUGCUCGCACUCUGCCGAGCCCUUCGAGAUGAGUACAACAUCGCAGCCGUCACUAACGACAUCUUCACUCGCGAAGACGCCGAAUUCCUCACGCGCAAUAAAGCUCUCUCACCGGACCGGAUCCGCGCCAUCGAAACAGGCGGAUGCCCGCACGCCGCCGUUCGUGAAGACAUCAGUGCCAACCUCCUCGCCCUCCAGAACUUGCACCGCCAAUUCCAGACAGACCUUCUCCUUAUUGAGUCCGGCGGCGAUAACCUGGCCGCCAACUACUCGCGCGAACUCGCCGACUUCAUCAUCUACGUGAUUGACGUUGCCGGCGGCGACAAAGUCCCGCGCAAAGGCGGACCGGGCAUUACAGGGUCAGAUUUGCUGGUGGUUAACAAGAUUGAUCUUGCGGAGGCGGUCGGCGCCGAUAUCUCGGUAAUGGAGCGGGAUGCAGCAAAGAUGCGGGAGGGCGGUCCGACGGUGUUUGCAGUUGUCAAGAAGGAUCAGGGGGUGGAUCAUAUUGUGAAUCUGAUUCUGAGUGCCUGGAAGGCGAGUGGAGCAUACGAACUUAGUUUGCAGAGGUGGAAGAACGGGGCGCCGAGGGGGUCUGGGAGUGUUGAGCCUUAGAUUGGAACAGCCUGAUGCAUUGAUUAUUAGACAUUAUUAUCAGUAUUCACGACA